AUGGAUGGCGAGGGACCGCCGCGGGCCGGGUGGACGGGGAGGUUCGGUGGCGGGCCGCCGGGCGACGAGCGGCCGGUCCGUCACGGCGUCCGCGUCGAGGAGGAUCCGUACUUCCCACUCCCGCGUCGGGGGUCGGGCUGGGGAGUGGCGCCGCCGUCGCGGCACCUGUGGGUGGGCGGCCUGGCGCUCAGCGUCACGGCGUCCGACCUGUCGGAGCUGUUCCUCCGGUGCGGCGACGUCGAGGAUGUCGCCCGCCAGCCCGGCCGGAACUUCGCGUUCGUGAGCUUCCUGCGGGAGGGGGACGCCGUUGCCGCGGUGCGGGAGCUCCAGGGGGCUCGCCUGGCUGGGGCGCCUGUUAGGAUCGAGUUUUCCAAGGGGGAUAAGGCUUCAGGUAGCUCAAUGGAUGACAGAUAUACACAACAUACUGAUGAGCGGCAUUCUAUUGAACGUGGGAGAAAACGGCAUCUGAGUCCUGAAAACACAAUAGAUAAAUAUAAAAGAAAUAGGUCAACAGAACCUAGCGAGGUGUUAUGGAUAGGCUUUCCUCCUGGUUUAAAGGUAGAUGAGGCUCAUCUGUGGGAAGCCUUUUCUCCUUUUGGGAAGGUUCUCAGGGUAACAACAUUCCCAGGCCGAACAUAUGCAUUUGUCCAGUACACUAGUGUUGCAGCAGCCUGCAGAGCAAAAGAAGCACUUCAGGGAAAGCUUUUCAAUAAUCCACGAGUAAGCAUAUGCUUUUCUCGAAAUGAAGGUGCUGCGCCAGAAGUUGGGAAACGAUCAUUUGUUGCCCCAUAUUCCCCCCAACCUAGUGCUCGGCCUGUCAUCAGAGACCAUGAUUUUGAAGACUUUCCUAGGGCUAGGCCUUUUGAUAGCCCUCCAAGAGAUUUUCGCAUGUCAACACCACAUUUUGGCCCUAAUAGGUUGUCAAGAGAUGCUGAUGAUGUUGGCUUCAGCAAGGGUAAUUAUUUUGAACAGGACGCUGGAAUAGAGCUUGGCCAUGCGUCUAAUAUUGAGCCUUUUAGAACACGGGAGCUGGGUCAAGAAAGAAGGCUGCCUGAGGAAUUGUAUGAGCCCCAUAGACAAAGCCCUACUGCUAGGAGUGAUGCGCCAUGGAAGCCAUGGAACAACAUUCCUUUUGACAGACCUCAGAGACCCUUACCAAUGGAAGCUUCUUGGGACGUUGAAGACAAUUCAUAUCUUAUUUCAAAGAAGCCGAAGGGUGCUCAAGUGCAUGAUACUGAACUUCCUGAAUAUCCUUUCUCAGAAUUUGAUCGAGGAAAAGUUUACCCUGAGUACCAAAGGAGGCUCCAUCAUGAUCUUUCAGAAGAUGGUUUACACUCUAGAACCUCUUUGUUUACUGAUAUGCAUGAUAGACAUCAUGUUCAUCCUUUAAAGAAUAUAACUCCACUUACAAAUAAACAUGAACCAUGGCAUGCUCAAGAGAGUUUCGAUAGGCGUUUAGGGAAAAUGGAUAGAUCUACUCCUGACCAUCAUGAACCUGCUCUUAAGGAUGAAUGGAAAUGGAAUGGUACAAUAGCAAAGGGAGGCACACGGAUCUGCCGAGCUCGAUGCUUCCCUGUUGGGAAGGUCCUUAACUUCAUGCUGCCUGAGUUUCUGGAUUGCACUGCUAGGACAAGUCUAGAUAUGCUUUCUAAGCACUACUAUCAAGCUGCUGGCAGCUGGGUUGUAUUUUUUGUCCCAGAAAAUGAUGCGGACAUGACAGCUUAUAAUGAUUUCAUGAGUUACCUAGGUGAUAAGCAGCGUGCAGCAGUCUGUAAGCUUGGAGAGAGGAGCACCUUGUUUCUUGUUCCACCUUCAGAUUUCUCAGAGCAAGUACUGAGAGUGCCUGGAAAUGUCAGCAUAUCUGGAGUCAUUCUGAAGUUUCAGCAGUCAAAUCCAGAUUACAGCUCGCCGAAUCGCAAAUCAUUGGAGAGAGCUCACCAAUCUUCUGCAAGUAAUUUCAACACUGAUGUAAGCAAUUGUGAAGAUCUGCAUGCACUGAGAAGGCUCAAUCCUCCAGAUAUCAGCACAUUCCCACAGGGUCCAGAUUAUGUCCGCUCAUCAGGUGUAAGCUAUACCCCAGCAAGUGCAGAUUUUAUUCCACCCUAUAAGCCAGAGAGUGCUCCUCCAUAUGUUGUCUCUCAAUUACCGCAAGAAAGGCCACCAGCGGACCUCCCUAUGGGUAUUGUACAAGGCCAACACCAGCAACUCCCAAACAGGUUGCUCUCAGGAUGGUCCAAUAACCUGGAUGAUCCAAAUCCAGGUUCUGGUAACUUCAGUUUGGAGCAGGGUGUAAUCUCUCGUGCGCUAAAUAACAGGACACAGGAUCCGUACACAUUUGCUUCCGGAGUAGUACCAACUGGAACAGCUUCAGGGUAUGCACCAGGUGAAGCAUACAACAGCAUGUCCUGGCCUUCCAUGCAACCCAACUCACAGCAGGUAGCUAGAUCUGAUCAACCUACUAUUCCAGUAUCACUGCCACCUGAUCAACUUGCACAGCUGGCUGCCCUUCUUGCACAACAAAACCAACCUAGAAAAGUUGGUUUUCCUGUGGACAGCUCAAACAAUCAAUCUGGAUUCAUACAGAAUUCCAAUCCUCAUGGACAUGCUACAAUGAUGCCAGGCAACUCUGGCUCCAUCCCUGUCCAGAACUCACUGCCACCUGUUCCACCGUCUAUGCAACAGUUACGUGCCCAUGUGCCAGUGCCACCAAUAGGCUCGCUACCUGCAAAUCCACUCAAUGCGCUUCCGACCAGUGCUCCUAUACUUUGUAACACCACUUUGCCUAUGCCACCCAUUCAUGCUUUGGUCAACCCAGCUCAUUCUUCCAUGCCAAUGAGACCGUUCGUUCCUCCACUUCCUGAAGGUCCUCCACCCUUUCAGCAGCAAACAUCAAGUGCUCCCACAGUGCAGGCUUUAGCUACUUCUGGCCAGCAAUCUAGCCAACAACUACCUGCUCAGGACCUUGAUGGAGAUCCUCAAAAGCGCCUUCAAGCAACACUGCAAUUGGCAGCAACCCUGCUUAAGCAGAUACAAAAUCAGUCAAAUCCUGGUGGCCAGAAAUAG